AUGACCCAAUUGACGCCCACAAAAGGCAGAAGAAGAACAGUGCAGACCGAGCCCAUUAAAGAGUCCAAAAUCAGAAGAAAGUCCACACAGACAAACUUGAACAGAGAGUUUGUGUGCAAUAUACAGAGCACAAUACAGCGGCUUCUAGACCAGGAAGACACCACUAAAGACUCCACCAUUACAGUGGAUGAUCUUGGGCCCAAGAGAUAUCUUAUCGAAAUGAACCAAGGAAAUGAGACAUGGCUCGAAGGAAACUACUCUAUCUCCACACUGCUGCAGGAGCUAGCACUGGCGGACAUCAAUCUUAAGACAGUUAUAGUGCCAGAGACUAUUCUAAACGAGCACAGCAUCAACAGACUCACGCGCCUCAUCAAAACGUGCUUUUGGCAGAAUCUUAGGAGAGUCCUAGACUUGAACGGGCUUAAAUUGGCUUUGAUAGACACCAAGAUAUCCCGCGUUGAGUUCUUUCUCUAUGUUCCAUCAUUUGACAUUCCUUCCAUCCAUUAUUAUAAAAAUACUAUUAGCGCUCUGGCAGAGUCUGGAUUUACAGUCAAAAUGGUAAAGAUAAGAACAUCAAAAGACGCGCCAUCUGGCGUGUACUUUGCAGACUCGCUUUCAACCCGUGAAGUCCUAUCCGAUACUGCCCCAGGCCUGCUUUCUCUUUCAUUCACCUAUUUCUUUUCAUCGCCUACUAUUCCAGAAAAUAUGAAGAAUGAUUGUAUCAAUAGUACUAAUGGCCGUUAUGACAGUUACAAAAAAGAUAUACCUUUUGCGAGUUCUUGGCACAAUCCUGUUGUUCCGCCGUCUGAGCGAGGAGGAUACAUCCAAAGGGGCGUGGGUCCCUGUCCUUUCUAUGUCCCUGGGGGAAGAUUCAAUGAAAUGUACGGAUGGGACUCGUAUUUCAUUGCGAAGGGCCUUAUAAUGUCGGGACAGCUCGCUGAAGCCUUCUGCAUUGCCGAGAACCUGAGAUACCAGAUAGAGGCGUAUGGAAAAAUACUCAAUGCAAACAGGACGUACUAUUUGUUCAGAGGAAAUCCUCCGCUCUUCUCCACUCUUGUGCUGGAGCUAUUUUUGCAUCUUGCACCGAAUGAGAAAAGCUCGCUUGAGGACUGGUUUGCAUCAGCAACAGAUGCUAUGAUCAAAGAAUACUACUACUUCCACAGAGGAUACGACGAAGAGCUGGGGCUUACUCGGCACACGCCUGGCGGAAAAGGAAUACCAAUGGAAACAGAGGAAGGGCAUUUCUUUUCAGCAAUCAGAAAAACAGUACCUGGAUCUGCUAACUGGUCAGUGGAGCAGCUGAAUGAGUACAUUAAAAGGUACAACAAGGGAGAGGAAGUGUCAGAAGAACUGGAAGAGUAUCUGCAGAACGACAGAGCAGUUCGUGAGUCAGGCCAUGACACCUCCAAAAGAGUGGACGGAAUAGCAUCUUAUUUAUACACAGUGGAUCUGAACUCUUUGCUGUACAAGACAGAACAGGAUAUUCUUAAAAUGCGCAGUGUACCUGAAAUAGCAGAAAUAUCGAAGAAAAGAAAAGUAGCAAUCAACACAGUGCUGUGGAACGGUGAAUGCUACUUCGACUAUAACGGAAAAACAAAAAAACUAAGCACAUACAAAGGAGCAACUGUUCUGUAUCCCCUCUAUGCAGAGGCUGCUGAUAGAGAGAAGGCAGCUAUGCUUGUUGAUGGUCUUGGCGACUUGAUAGGACGAGGAGGAAUAUUUACGGGAACAAAAGAGAGCUGCACACUCGACCUGGAAAAAGGAGAAAUGCAGAGACAGUGGGACUAUCCGUACGGAUGGGCUCCUCAUCAGAUAAUUGGGUGGACAGGUUUGGUCAACUACGGGUAUGAUGGGCUCGCUAAGUCUCUUGCCUUGAAGUGGUGCACUAUGAUAGGAAGAAUAUUUGCGCAGUAUAAUGGAGUGGUGACAGAAAAGUACAAUUUGGAAAAAAGUACGCACAAGGUAAAUGUGGAGUACGGAAACAUCGGAACAGACAUAAGGUACGUUCCGCGUGAAGGAUUUGGAUGGACCAACGCGUCCUGGCUCCUCGGGCUGUCUCUUUUGGGGGAAAAAGGAAGAAGAGAGCUCUAUGCUCGAAUUGUUCUAGAAUAA